GUGUGGAAUGUAGUAUGUUAUGUGUGGUCGCUGUGGUGUACCGUGGUGUGAUAUAGUGACUGCAACCAGCUGAACUAACGGGUGUGUGUGUGUGUGUGUGUGUUCACGGUGGCUGCUGGUCAUUCAGCUGGACUACGGAACGAGCCAAGCAGAACUCACAGCCUCCUAAGUAGUUUGAUAGGGCGUGUUGAAGAUCAAGAGUGAACAAGGCCACAACAAGAAGAAGAAGAGUAUUUGUUGAUGUUUUCUGUCCCUUUAAAUGUAUAUUUGCACCAUUAUUACAUCAAAGCUGGUAUUCCUAACAUUCCUGCCCGCUCAGUGUUCGUAACGAGUGUGCCUAACCUGGAACUCUGAUGAAAGAUCACAGCCCCAGCAUGCCACAGCCCCCCACAGAGGCCAAGACUGCCCCACCAGACUCCCAGACCUUCACAUUUGGGGAUUGGACGGUGGCAGUCACCAAGAGUCACAUCAUGGGGUCCCAAUGUGAGGCGGACUCUCCCUGCGGCCCAGACACCCCCUCCGACCUUCUGUGUAACUACUGCAGGUAUGAGAGGGAGCUGAGCCUUCCGUCCCUGCCUGACAUGGUGUUUGCGGACAACACCUUACAGGUUCAACACCGCGAAGGGGGAACCAUCACCUUCACUGCCCUGGAUGCCCUACGCUCUGUCAACACCAGGGAGAGCUCAGUGCAGGUGGCUCAUGCUGCGGUGUGGCGGGAGGCACGAGCAGACUGUCAGGGAGCGCAGAAGGUUGUGGAGCCGUUUGACUGGACCUACACCACCACUUUCCGAGGCACGCUGGCCGGGACACUGCGAACCGAGCCCACAGAAGAAAGAAUCGACCUGGAUAAGCUUAAAGUCCGAGAGGAAAUUAAAUUCUACUCAGAAGUUUAUUUGUACGAUGACGAGCUUGACGAUAAUGGGUGCACCAAGUGUGUGGCUAAAGUGAGGGUGAUGCCGAGUGGAAUAUUUGUGGUGUUCCGCCAUUACCUACGAGUGGAUCAGGUGUUGGUGAGGAUUAAUGACACUCGCCUCUUCUCCCCGGCCGGUGCUAACUUCUUCCUCAGAGAGAGUUCCACAAGACAGGCGGCCAUUGAGGAUCUUAAGGUCCCAGCACCAGUGUACACCAACCCUGAUAUAGUCUGGCAACACCUUCCACUUGUAGAAGAGACAGUGGAUAAGAUUAUAUGUGGUGACUCUAAUUCUGCCUCCGUAUGAUCACCUAGUGCUUGUCUGUCUAGCCUGUCCGUCUGCCUCUUCUCAACAGUGCUUAGAAGUCAGUGCUUUUGUAUUGUGUUUUGGUACAAAGAGAGAGAGAGAGAGAGAGAGAGAUAGAGAGAGAGAGAGAUAGAUUAUCAAUCUUUAUUUCUUAUUUACUUAUGGUUUUCUUACUUUCUUGAUGAUUAAUGACUUUGCUGUUGAAAUAUUAUGUAAGAGAGAUGGAGAGAGAGAGAAAAAGGUUAUUUGUUCUCUCUCUCUGCAAGAAAAAUCAAAUUUUGUUCCGGGAAAAUGAGAUGUGUUUGCAUCUUUUGGUUUCUUUGAUUUUUUUCUUCUUAGGAUUGUGUUAGUCUGGUACAAAGAGAAAACCUUAGUUUUUUUUUUUUUUUUUUUUUUUUUU